AUGGAUAAUCCUGUCUACGCGGUCAAGAAUCCGAAGGAAUUCAACUUACUAUCAGAAAAGAUUGGCGUGCGACUUCAUGCUGAUCUUGACGAAGAUGAAUUGACGGCGUCCGCUAGUCGAUGGGGCCUCAAACAUCUACUCGCCUUCCGACUUCUUACACAUCCUCCGAAACCCUUUCUGGAGACCCUCACGGGUGAACAUAAGCAUUGCGCAGUCUGCGGAAAUUCGAAUUCUGAGGUGCUCGACGACGUUUGGAAGAAUGUUCUCACGGCUGAUUGCUCCCUGGAUUUGAAGGGAAGCAAAGAUUCCGAGCUUCUCAAGCGACCAGGAGGGUUUUUUUGGGUUGCACUUGCACGAGCAGCACGCUUGGAGAUUUCACUGGAAACAGAAUCUGAUAAUUCCAGGUCCAAAGCUCAAGAGCACCCCGAGCGCGCAAGACGUCCGCCGAAUAGAAACGAUUACGUCGACCCCACAAAGCUUGUUAUAAGCUCUUCACCUCCGUUGUCACAAGCCACCCAAGUUUCUGGAUCGUCUCAAUCCUCGGGGUCGGAAUUUCAAGCUGACCAUAACGAAAUUGAUGAGGACGAGCAUGACGCCCGGAGGAGUAAGUCCGAGGAUGUGAUGCUGCACCUCGUACACAGUUUCAUACAGCAUGCCCUGAAUUUGUGCAUCGUGCAGAACUCAGCCCCUGCCACGGAGGUGCGCCCACGAAUCGAGCGCAGGAAGUGCACAGCCCGGGUGGGCAAUAAGCAUACGUUCAGCGCGGUAGACGACGGUGGGAUUUCUUUAUUCGAGACGAAGAAGGCGUUCCAAGCAAUGGACAUUGACAUGAAAACUGGACAGCAMAAGCCAGUCACGUCAAAUGAGACUCUGGCCCAAUACCUUGGUGAAGCAUUAGCCACCUGGAAAAUGGGCCAUCAUCUCCGUGAUCAAGAUGUCUAUGUUAUUGCGGCUACGAACACUUUCAUACGAUUUAUUCGCUUCAAAUUUGGGCCUGAAUAUGCAGAAUAUAUCGACGCUGAGGGCAGGUUGACUCAGGAGACUUUGCUCGAUAAACAUCCAGACACAUUCGCCUACAUGAAUAGCACAAAGUGGUUCAACCUUCAAACAUUCGAGGGUCGAAAGUCUGCCUUGUGUCAUACCUUUGCGCUUUUACGGCGGCAUGAUGCGCGCCAAGGCAAUGCUCCCCAAGACCCAAAGGUUUCAAAUAAGCGUAGAAGAUGA